CUUGAAAUAACUCAAGAUUCAGUCCAACUCUUUUCCGUCCUUACUUCUUCUAUAAAGAGCCUUUUGCCUUUCAUUCAUACGUUUAGUCUUGAGUGCUACCUAUCAUGUCUGAGUCAAAUCAACCCGCGGUAGCAGCUGAGGAUCAAUUGAUUGAAGAAGAGACCGAGAAGGCAGAGUCUCAAGCGGGGAACUCGAACCCCCCCUCUACCUCCCACGACGAUGAUGCGGAGAAGGCUCCCGAGCCGGAGCCUCCAGGCAGCGAUGCCCCGGAUGGUGGUGCCGCUGCUUGGCUCGUUGUGCUUGGUACUUGGUGCGCAUCAUUCUGUAGCUUCGGUUGGCUAAAUAGCGUUGGCGUAUUCCAGGAGUACUAUCAAAUAGAACUGCUCAGCAACUACUCACCGAGCACGAUCUCAUGGAUUCCGUCGUUACAGAUUUUUUUCAUGAUGGGCAUGGGACCCUUCGUUGGCGCUAUAUACGAUCGCUAUGGUGUGCGCUGGCUGCUACUCGGUGGCAGUCUCUUGCAUAUAUUUGGUAUCAUGAUGGCCAGCCUUGGGACCGAAUACUACCAGAUACUUCUUGCACAAGGAUUAUGCUCCGGUCUUGGUGUUUCAGCCAUCUUCCAACCCUCUGCCACCUGCCUCGCUGGGUGGUUCAAUCACAAGCGUGGCGCUGCCUUCGGAAUCUCCUUCACGGGCUCCAGUCUAGGCGGUAUCAUCUUCCCCAUAAUGGUGUCCCAUCUGAUCCGAAACGUCGGUUUCGGUUGGGCAAUGCGUACCUGCGCAUUUCUUAUGCUCUUCCUCCUGAUCAUCGCCAAUCUGACCGUCCGUCCCUUCCAUCCUCCACAACCACACAAAGCCACUGGCGCGCAGCUUGCCAAACCUUUCACCGAGCUCCAAUUCGUCCUCCUCGCUGUUGGUUUCUUCCUGUUCAGCUACGGGUUCUUCGUCCCUAUAAACUAUCUGCCUGUCCAGGCGCUCAGCGCAGGCAUGAGCUCCGACUUGGCCGGAUACCUGCUACCCAUUCUGAACGCCGGAUCUCUAUUUGGACGUCUCUUCGCAGGCUUCCUAGGCGACAAAAUCGGCCGCUACAACAUCUUCAUCGUCGUCUGCUACCUGUCUGGUAUCUACAUCCUUGCGCUCUGGCUACCUGACUCAAGCGAUGCUGCACUCAUCGCCUUUGCCGUCCUAUUUGGAUUCUUUUCCGGGGCUUACGUCUCACUGAUCCUACCUCUAGUGAUAGCAAUCUCGCCGAUAGCAGAGCUUGGUUUCCGCACAGGCGUUGUCAUGUUCGUUAUCGCGAUUGGUGGUCUGACGACUAAUCCUAUCAAUGGCGCUAUAAUAGACGGCGCGGGGGGUUGGAAGGGUCUUAAGAUCUUUUCUGGCGUGUUUUGCCUUGCUGGUACUACCUUUGUGCUCGUUGCAAGGGUUAGGAAGACGGGCUGGACACUGUUUACCCGGUUCUAGACGGUAUGUCAUCUGGAGGCUAAGAAACAACCUGCAUACUUGCCAGCAGCCUUUCUCUGUCUAGUCCUUCAGUCAGCCACCUAAAGCGUUGUAACAUAUAGAUCGUAGGAUAAGAAAGAUUGAAAUAGUCUCCACUCCAAGAUCUAUCAGCUGUCCGGCUUUUCCGUUACAUGGCAGGCCUGUUAGAAAUAUUGAUG